AUGACCUAUAAAUAUUUGUCUAUUUGUUUAUUGUUAAUUUUCUUCUUCUGCGAAAAGUUUUGUGGCGCAGAGAAAACGAUUUUCGAAUUGAAUCCAAAAAAUCCAUCGUUCGCAAUUCACGGGGCCACAUUGGCACGUUCAAAAAAAAUCACAAUAAUCGGCUGUGAUGAAUGCGAUUUUCUCAUGGAUUUUACUCAAAGAGAUUGCCAGAAUGAGCCGGAUGAUGUUCAAAUAAGUUACAAAUCAAAAAUCGCUCGAAAUUUCACCGAUUAUUGCCUCGAUUCGUGGCCAUUUCUCAUCGAUGGCAUUGAGCCGACGAUGCUUUGUGGUAAUCCGAUGCCCUAUACAUCCGAUUUGAUUAAACAACUUUACCCGUGUUCAAUGAGACUCGAACAAAAGCGAGCAGUGAUUGUUGAGGCAAAAGAAGGUCACACCGAAUUCGUCGAUGUACAGUAUGCGCUAUCGUUUCGUGUUUCGAAAUGGAUAAACGAGUCACAAAAAGCUUUUGUCGUACCAGCAAGCUUUUCGACGUAUAUUCCGGAGAUGGUGCUGAUCCCAAAAGACUAUGUGGGCAUCGUUGUGACGAAUGGAGACCUAUCUCGCCUCGACGGCCCCUUUGUCAUGAUGUACCCAUCGGCUGGCUCGCGCUUAGUGGCCCAGUGCAACAAUUUGAAGGAAGACAUCACAUGCAUAGACUCAGCUCGUUACUCAAUGUUUUUUGGAUCAGCUCCGGGGCUGGCCCAAAAUGUGGACAACCAUUUGAUGGACAUUGGCGUUAACAGAAACGCGUUUUCCCGUGCCCUCAGUAACCUCGAUUCUUUCGAGUCAAUCCUGCUCUUAUUGCCUUGCAAAGAAUUGUUGAAUAUUGGAUACGCGGACCAAUUGGACAAUUCAACAGUGACCACAUCGCUCAACUUUCCGUGGGAGCUCGACGAUCCCACCCAGUUUCCCGAUGCACAGUGGUUUCUCUCUAGGUUUAGCGCUGUGAUUGAAUCAAGCAUGAGAAUGCUAAUCAUUCGGGUGGACAAGCUGCAUGGUGGAACACUUCAACUUCUGGGAAGUCGAGGUGCUGAAAAGACUUGCAAUGUUGGAGACUACACACAAAAUGUUAGCUUUACCGAACCAACAAAUGAAGAGAUUCGCUGGAAGCUCGAUUGUUUGUGGAUAAUUUGGCGCCCCAAACAACCGAUGAACGAUUCCUUUGGUUUUGUGCUGAGAACAAAACGAGAUCCGGAUAUUUUUCCCGAUGAUGUUGUUUGCGCAAAAUCGUUUUAUUUGACCAAGGAUCAACCACAUUUCAUUUUGCAUGCAAUCAACGUUCAGUAUGCAAGAACGGACAGCAGCGACAAUGAGAACGGCACAUCGCUCUGUGUACGGCAUCAAUGGUGCAAAAUGGACGAGGAUUGUCGUUUUCUGGUCGAUUUGCCGAUAACCUGUUCUCAUGAUGAGGCUAAAAAACUCUCGAAAACGUCGCCAAUCCAGAUAAACGGUCAGUAUCCAGAUUUGGAGAACUGUACAGUCCGUUACUCGUCUCGAAGUGACGACAAGGUGUUCAUCACAUGUCAGACGAUCAUCCAAGCAAGUUUUGUCGCGUUUCGUGUGAGAAACAUUCAGAAUAUCCGUGGGAGUGCCGUGUCGGUGAGAGCAAUCAAAUGGAUUGACGAUCCAUUGGACUCGUUUGUGAUCGCAAGCGAUUUCGUGACCUCCAAAGGAAGUCCCAACACUACCCACUUGUCGAUGAAAGUUCCUCCAUUCGAUCGCCCUUUCUGGAUUUCAUUCGCUUUUCCCUGGAACAGUCAUCAGAGUGUGAAGCGAUUAGAGAAACUGAGAUUGGAUCACAACAACUCGAGAUGUGAGUACAGGCUCGUCUCUGGCCCGCCACUAUACAAUGAGUGCCACAAAGAGCGCGAACUGAUGCUCUUUAGUGAUCUCGACCCGUUCAUCCCACAAUUUGUCGAGACUUUACUUGUGAGUGUGUUGAUUCCGAGUGGAUGUGCGCCAAGCCUAUCUUUGGUUCAAACUUUAGAUUUCUUGUCUUUUAAUCGCUCUAUUGAUCUCUGUGCCGGUCAAAUAAUGAUGGAAUCACUCGGAUAUCAAAAUCCCUUCGAGUUUCCCAUUGAAAAGACUUUCAAUUCAAUUGAGUAUCGGAUCACGUGUAAAUCUUAUCGAGUGAAUGUCGAGAUCGAGGUGAUUUCGAUUGGAAAUGGACAGCUGAAAAUCGAUUUUCUUGAUUCAAAUGAUGAUUAUGAGAAAAAUGAUAACCGCAUUGAAUCUCUGGGUGAAAACGAGCGCUUCAACAUCACAAAAUCAAAUUUUACAGGAAUUGUGUUACUUUUCCGUUAUUGGGGCCAAUUCACA